CUCAAGUCUGUACUCGGCCGGCGAUUUCACUGAAUUUAUUACUUGUUUUGUCGUUGUCGUCCAUUCCCGCCCUCUUUUGAUUUAAUCCACUCGUCCUUCGAGGUUCUUUGCAGUGAGGUGCUCACGAGAUACUGUACUUUGCAAGGCAUUCUACAUAUACUGUGCAUGUCCCGUCUUCACCUUCCAAACUACCUCUACGGUGUAUCGAUGCCUGGUACUGUAUUAUACAAAUCAGAGUUGAAAUCGAUUCAGAAUGUCCAGACCAGCCACUACUAACCCGGUAGCAUACACGUACGCUGCACCCGAGAGCGCCAAAUCCGGAUCGACGGCGCACUCGAUCCCGCACCCGGAACCCAUAUCCUCCACGACGCACCACAUCGCGGGCAUCCUCACGACGGUGUAUGGGCUGGCCGAACUGGACCCUUCGGUGACGGACGUCGCCGUCCUGUGGCUCCUUCACCCUCGGCUCCAGACGCACGAGUGCAUGGCCCCGUUCGCGGCACACAUCAUCUCCGAUUACAGCUCCAGAGCGGGUUCGGGCCGGCGCAACGACAAGAAGAAACUGGGUCUGAUCGCGGUCGCCUUCGACCAACGGAACCACGGCAGUCGACUCGUGAUGCCCAUCGCGAACGAGGCGUGGAGGGGCGGCAACGAGACUCACGCUCAGGACAUGUUUAGCUGCUUCGCGGGCACGGCCGUCGACACGAGCAUGCUGCUGGAUUACCUCCCGGCGUACAUUUUUCCCGACGGCAAGAAGAACAUCGUCCAGAACAUGGUGCUGGGUAUCUCGUUGGGCGGCCACGCGGCGUGGCACGUCGUCAUGCAGGACCCUCGCUUCUCGGCCGCCGUGGUGACGAUAGGCUGCCCGGACUACGUGCGCGUCAUGUCCGACCGGGCGAGGUUGAGCAAGCGCCGGACCUGGCUCGAGUCCCAGGGCCGGACGUUCCUGGGGAGCCCGGAUUUCCCAAACGCCCUCGUCGAUAAGGUGCGCAAGGUCGACCCGACGGGCCUGUUGUGGCACGGCAGUGGGCUGGGGAGGAGAAGCGGCCAGGAGCCGUUUUACGACGGGGGCGAGAUGACGGACCGGGAGAGGGAGACGCUGAUGCCGGUCAUGGCCCGGUGUUUUGGAAACAAGAGGAUCUUGAACCUGAGCGGCGGGAGUGACAAGUUGGUCGGCUAUCAACAUUCCAAGCCGUUCCUGGAUUGGCUGAAGAAGAGUGUCGAGAGAGGUGGCUGGUUCGAGGGCUCCGGUCUCUACCUCGAAGACAUUGUCUAUCCCGGCGUGGGACACGAGGUUCCACCGGACAUGGUGACCGAUAUGGUCAGGUUCAUCAACGAGACGCUGGAGGAAGGAGUCGAAGGUGCGAGGCUGGGGAGCAAGAUAUGAUGUGAAUUGCGUGCUUCCAAAAUGAUAGAGGGGGAAAGGGAGGAAAAGUAUAGGGUAAAAUAGAAUAUAUACGACAGGUGACAAAGCACCUGUUCAUGAAUUGAGAGCUUUGCGUACGG